GAGGCUGCGCUCCUCUCCAGGCCGGUACCCCACGUUGAAUGGUGCAGAGACCCAUCUGGCCGCCGGACCCCAGCGUGCAAGAACCAAGGAUUCAGGAAACGAUUGCCCAAGCAAAGCGCCUCGUGGCAUGGAGGAUUGUGCGACCAAAGUUAGCGACCAACAUUUUGAAUCACCGCCUUAGACCAGGGAAGGGGGAUCGAAGGCUGACCAGCUCCAGCAGAGGAUCGCCCGGAUCCGGCACUUGCCGCAUGAUGUGGUGCCUGGAGCGGCUCUGUUGGGGUCCCGAGCGCCUCCUGCGGGGCGGGCAUGGGUUUCUCCAGGGUCGGGCCCGCCGAGGCAGGACUGUCACACCCGCCGCGUGCGCAAACGUGCUCACUCCGGACCGCAUCCCCGAGUUCUGCAUCCCCCCGCGACUCGCGCCCUGCCCGGCCCUGGCUGCACUCCGGGACUCCUGGGGUCAAGAAGAAGGGACAGACGACAGCGCCGGGCGCACGGACUGGGACCCGCGCUCGCAGGCCGCGCUCUCGCUGCCGCACCUACCCCGCGCGCGCACCGCUUACGGCUUCUGCGCGCUGCUCGAGAGCCCGCACACCCGCCGCAAGGAGUCGCUCUUCCUCGGGGCGCCCCGCGCCACCGCGCUCCGCCCCCGGGCCCGCACCCUCGGCGGCGGCGACACCCACCUCGUCCCCCGGGCCGGAGCCCCCGCCACCACCCCCGCGGCCCCCGGCGGCGCCCGCCCGCCUCGGGACGCGCUCGCCCCGCGGCCCCGCGGCCGCUGUCUCCUGCGCGCCCCCGAAGGGCUGCUGAGACGCGCGCUGCGGGCCCGGAGGAGGGGCGGCCUGGCCCGCGCCCGCUCCGUGUCCAGCGGGGACGGCGACGAGGACGAGGAGCGCGCCGCCGGCUCCUUCGUCCUGCAGCCGCCCGGCCCGACCCGGCCGCAGCGCGGCGCCGUGGUGCGGCGGAGCCGCCAGGCCGCCUUCGAGCAGGACUUGUGCCUGGACGGGCUCUCGGAGGACGAGGUGCGCCGCCUGGCCGUGCGCGUCAAGGCCGAGCGCAAGGGCCGCGGCCUGGAGCGGGGCCGCCGGCUGGGCCAGGGCGAGCUGCUGCUGGGCCCCCUGCUGCUCCUCUGAAGACGCGGGCGGCCCGGGCCUGCCCUCGGGCGCUGUCUGCCCGCCGGCUCGCUGACACGGGGACACGGACAGCCACCUUGUACAAAAUAAACGUGUAUUUACCCUUUUAGUCAGACUUUUCAGUCCAGUAUUGGCAGAGCUGAUACUGAAUUAAUCAUCACAGUAAAGGAUGUAAUAUUUUCUGUAGAUACCUUUCAAAAGUCUUUUCAGCAAAUGGUAUGGGGUUCUGCAGUAGUGUUUCCCAAGGUAGACAGCCAACUGCAUUUCAUUUGUUCCCCACAGUCCUAUUGGGAGAUGAGUCACGACGGUUAAAACUAGAGAGUGUCUUGGCCAUCUAUUUGCUCCAAUUUCCUCAUUUUGAAGUUUGCUCAUUGCACCACAUCCAUUAAGACCAUCUUCGAAAAUUUAUUACUUAUGGAGCGUUGGGUAAGACCCCAGACAAGAAAAUGAGGCCAAGAGAGUCACCAUUGACUUGUCCAAGGUCAACUGUGAAUAUUAGGAGGAAUCCAAUCUGAUAUUCUUGGCUACAUUUUGCUGGAGAAGCAUUGGAGAAAUGGAAAAACAUUUUAAUGUUCUAAGGUUAAAUAAUAAUUAUAAUAGUUUCAUAAGUAUUAACUUGUAAUUCUUAAAACUACCCUUAAAAAGUGGGCAUGGCGAUUUCAUUUUGCAGAUGAGGAUCUUGAGGCACAGGAUAAAGAGCAGAGUCAGGAUUUGAACCUAGGCAAUCAGAUUUUACUCGUUACUCCAUGGAAGUAAGACAGCGUCUGAAGGGCUCGUCUCACUACUGUUGUGAGACUGCAACUUAUGUUCCAAAUUGUUGAUUCUGAGGUUGGGGUCUCCUCACAGUCCUUACCCUCUAGUGGAAAAGCUAAUUGGUUGAAAUGAGUAAUUUAUUAUCUCAUGCUAAUGACUUCAGGCAUUGAGAGGAGCUGAGCCUAAGACUGUCUGAGGAGGAAGCUAACUGGCCUCAGAGUCGUAGAAAAAGGGGUGUCAGCCUUACUGGCACAAGGUGAGCUAGUGUGCCAGGGCAGGGAGUCACGAGCAUACCUGUAACAUUGUUCUACCUCUGGCUUCUGACAAUAAUAAUAGGUUUACUAUGCUUUAAAGAGUAAUUUCCUUCAUCCCUCACGUUCACUGCCUACCAGGCAUGUUUCUUCCUUUGUUAUGCAUACAGGAGGAAAACAUGUCCUAAGUGAGGGUUGAAAAUAUUUAGCUAUGUGGUAUAGUGUUAAAUAUGACUACAUUAUCAGUCUGGAUUCAGCAAUGGUUUCUGCUUUCACUAAACUGUUGACAGUUUUAUCCAUUGGUGCUCACGAAAAAUGCUAUUUAGGAAAGAGUUUCAGUUUUAGUCACAGCUCAGGCAAAAACUGAAAACGGGUUAUUGUAGUGAGUAUUUACAAUGGCAGUCACUGAACAAAUGUGAAGAAUAACUGUGAAUUCAUUGUUUUUUGUCAAAAUCCACCACAUCUGGAAGCUGGAAUGGUUGACCAAAUGAAUGAUGAUAUAAAAGCAGUUCAGAUUUGUAACAUGCUCUUCUGUCUACUCUAAGGCACCAUUUCCCUGGCCUGUAAGCCAACAAUUAUUUCUUUUAAUGUAUAACCUUCUUAAUGACUUUAGAAUUUUGGUAAAGUAACUAAUACUGAGUUCACAUAUGUAGUACUUUAAAAGGAAAAUAAACGGAGAGUGAAAACAGCUCGUAUAUAA